AUGGCACUUCAUUUUUCCAUGUUUUUUGCACCAGUAUGGCCUUAUAUGCAAAUUGUAAGUAUUUAAAAAGUAUUUGAAUGUUUUGUUCAUUAAUAAUGUUAAAAAGUUUAUAGCUUGACUCAACAGCAACCGAAACGUUUUACGGAUUUGUGGUAGCGUCAUACAGUCUGGGGCAACUAUGUUCGUCGCCAAUAAUGGGUUGGUGGUCGCAUCGUCGUAAAAGUAUAUAUCUUCCAACACUAUGUUGUGUACUGGCUUGUUUUACGGGAAACCUUUUGUAUGUUAGUGCGGGAUUACUACCAUCUCAUCGAAAGUACGUUAUACUUUUGGCUAGAUUUGUAGCUGGCUCUGGGGAAAGUAAGUUAUCGUAUAUUUUUAAAAUGUUUUAAGGAUAAAAUAUUAUAUUUUCUUACUUUUCAAAAGUGACAAUUUGAAAUUUUGUAGCUGCAAUGAGUUUAAUGCGAACAUACAUCUCAAUGGCGUCGUUACACAAAGACCGAUCACGAGCUAUAGCUCUAAUGAGUCUAGGUCUUGGUAUAGGUUCUACAGUGGGACCAGGUGAGGCAAGCUUUUUUUGUAAUUAAAGUUUAAAAUUGUAGUAAUUCAACUUUUCCUGAUACCCAUCGGCUACCCUGGAUGGCAAAUUUCUUCAAUGUUUGGUCUUAAUAUGUACACAGCUCCGGCUUUCUUCUGUAUGAUUGGGAAUAUAUUGUCUUUGUGUUUAUGGCUAUGUGUAUUUAAGGAAACAUACGGUGUAAUGUCACAUCAUGGACCAGGUACGUAAUGAAGAAAUGUUCAUAUGGAUUAAAAUUUGGAUUUUUAGCAAACAACCCUCAAAAUUCGAAUGAAAAACUGCCGCCAGCUGACAAAAAAGCGAUAUCACUGUGUUAUUUUACCAGAUUUUCUCAAUUUUUUGUACUAACUAACUUGGAAACAAUUGGAGCGACAUAUGUUAUGGUUAUGUUUGCAAAAAGUAAACCAGAUACAGUAACGUUCAUGUCAACCGCUCACCUUGGAAUGGGUUUUUUGGCUUUUGUAGUAUACUCUACGUUUAUUUGUGGCAAGUUGGACACAAAGUAA